AUGAUACUUACGCCAGGAUCAACAGCAUCCAAUCGUAUACAGAAUUAUCGAACAUUAGCUUAUGUUAUAACAACGCUUGUUUAUCUUGUUAUUGGUGCAGCAAUAUUUGAUAAACUUGAGUCAACAGAAGAAUCUAAAACUCAUGCUAAUCUAACAGCACGCAUUCGUUUAUUUGAACAAAAGCAUAAUUUAAGUCAUGAAGAUUUUUUAAAUUUAAGUCGUACUGUACACUUUCGUAUACAAUUUCGUAAAAAACAGUGGAAAUUUAUUGGUUCAUUUUAUUAUGCAACUGUUGUUCUAGCUUUGAUUGGUUAUGGUCAUGCCAUACCGAAUACUUCUGCUGGACGUGCUGUUACAAUAGCAUAUGGAUUAAUUGGUAUACCAAUGUGGCUUAUUAUGAUACAAAGCGUUGGUGAAAGACUUAAUUCUCUAAUUAAAUUUGUAUUAAAACAUAUUAAACGAAAAUUUCAACGACGCAAAGAACCGCAAAUAACAGCUAUGGAAUUAUUAACCUGUGAAGCGUUAUUAACCGCUUUAACAGUUGCUACAGGAUCAACAACGAUUGGUUUUGGAGAUUUAGUUCCAAUGCAAAAACAUGAUUAUGGAAGUGUUGAUUGGUUAUAUAUAUUAUUUUGUAUAAUGUUUAUAUUAACUGGUUUAACAAUAGUUGCAUCUAGUGGUAAUUUGUUGAUUUUACGUUUCGUUGAAACAAAUACAAAACGUUCUCAACAUGAACGAUUUGAAAUGGAAGAACGUCGUCGACAACAAGUUCGCGUUAUUGGUGAUGUGAUUUCAUCAAAUGGUCGUUUUAUAACAUUAGAUGAUGAAGAAAAUACACCACCAUCAUUAAUUACUCCUAUCGGUUUACAACGUAUAACUAUGGGUAAUAGUUCAAGUAAUUUAUCUCUCUGUUCUUGUCGUGGUCCACCAUCACUAUCAUUUUGUAUACCAAUAUUAUGUAAAAAGAAAUUUAAACGUAAACAACAACCGACAUUAAAUAAUUCUAAGCAACCAUUAAUUAAAUCUCAAAUGGCUAGUCGACGAACAUUACGACAAGAAAUUCUCGAUGCAUUACAAACAAAGAAUGAACCUGAUGAAAAUAUGUCUUUACAAAGAUCAUAUCUUUAUUUAGAUAAAAUGCAACAAAGAAAUUCAAUAUAA